AUGUCUCUAAUGACUGUGGGUCCUACUCCCUCAUUUAAUUCUUCAGUAUUACCAAUAGAAAUUAUACAUUUGAUUAUCAGCCACUAUGUUGAGAUGGUACCUCGUGCGGCUUCAGAUCCCAUCAAUUGUGCGGAGAAACCUCUUUUGUUGCUCAACUCUUAUGUUCAUUUGUUAAAUUUACGUUUAGUUAGUAAAUCUUGGGCAUCAGAUGUUCUUCCUUUUGCAUAUAAAUCUGUCUAUUUGUUAUCACCAAAUAUGACGGCCGGUUUCUUGAAAUUGUGGAAGUCUCCUGUGUCAAUUUCUUUUACUCAUCCAUUGUGCCGUAUUUGCUUCAAUUGUCUCUUGUUUGUUUCUGAUCGCGUCAGGGAUCAAGUGUUUGGGGGUUCAUUGGGUGAUGAUCAUGGGGGAACAGAUGCUGUGGUAAACAUGUUGGAUGCGUUGGCAAUUCCAAUGAAUGUGGUGGCAGAUAUUAUUAGCGCUUGUGGUCACAACUUGGACAGUCUCAAACUCAAAUUUGCUAACUCUGUUGGCUUUUCCCCUGCCUUGUCAAGUGCAAUCAAGGAUAUUAAAUGUCUCAAGGUAUUAAUAAUUCAUGGUAGCAGGGAGGUCGGUGUGUCAAAUCAUUCAAAUUCUAUCAAAGCAGUACUCAAAUCAACACCUUAUUUAGAAUCUCUAUCAAUCUCAUGUAGCUCUUUAAAACCUCUAGAUUUAGAACCCAGGGCUUUACCAAACUUAACACACCUCUGGUUGCAAUGUCAAUCCUCAAACUUGGACACUUUUGGAGUUUUAUGCCAUUGUGUGAAACAUAGCGUCAAGUUAUUAGAAUGUAUACCAACUCAAGAUCAAGAUCUAGCUGGUCCUAUCAUUCUUUUGUUUUGCAAGGGUCUAGAAGGAUUGUUCAUGGGAUCCAUCCCUUAUCGCUUACCACAUUCCGUCGCCCAUACUCAUUUCCCUCAACUACGUCUUAUACAUUGCAUGUCUUUCGAUGCCCAGUCAACAUCUGUUGCUUGGCUAAAGUUGCCAAUUUUUAGUGAACUCGAGGUCUUGGUCACAAGUUAUUGGCACACAAGAAAAUAUUGGGUUUUUUCGUUGGAACAUUUAGAAUAUGUCCCUGUUAAUUUUCCUCGUAAUUUCAGAACCAUCAUAUUUAUGACUUGUGAUGGGUCAAGUGUAGACAAUCCUGGACUGGUGGCCGCCUGCGCUCUUUAUGGCAUACAUUGUGUUUUCACUAAUGAAUUAUCUCACACUGAAUUGUUGUCAAUUGCUUCGAAACAGAAUAGUCCUUGA